UUGCCUGCGUUGAUUUUAGAAUACGAUUUUGGCUGAGCUGGGGAAACGUAAUUUCUCUGGGUAGUUGCAGCAGUCUACGAUUCAUCCAUUCACACAGGGUGGAUUAUGUGAGUGUCAGCGGCUUCCUCUCGUGGACUGGUAGUUUUUCUAUGUUUGGUACCCACCUGAAUCUCACCCAAGGAAAAGGUAUUUUGAAGAACUUUUUGAAAGGUUUUGGCGCCCCUCUCACCCACCAACGAUUUUGUGACUCUUAGGGGUAGCAAUAAGACUCUCCAACAGGGGGUGCUGCUCUCUGUUCCCGGCAUGCGUGGUGAGCCCGCGCUGGAGCCAGAAGGAGUAAGUAUUCGGCAUCUUGAGCUUAGCGCUUCUUGGUGUCGCGUGACUUGAGAAGGUGACUCGUACCAUUAGAAAAUAGUCACAGUUCAGACUACGGGCUUCUCUCCCUCCAAAGGUGACUGCGUCAGCCAGUCACUUGGGGCGUAGCUCUUAGGAAGAGGCGCUGAUACACCUGUCCAAUUCCCUCCCUUCCUGACUGCCAUCCGUUUUUGCACACAACGUAGCUCCGCCCCAGUCUUCUUUUCCGGGGAGAGUUGAGAAAGAGAGAAGGCAAGUUGCUCCCACAUGGAGUGUGCAGUCAUUGCCGGUGCACUAGUUUCGCUGCUUUUCUCCUUAGUCCGCUAUUUCAGACAAACACAGACAGGCCCCCUUCAACAUGGUGCCUAAGGCCCUGACUCUGGCCUAUGACGUAAUUCCCGAGCAAGCGGGUUGUCUGGCAGUAACUGUUGAAAAUCCACCAAAGCCUUGAUGUUUGGUUUGUGACAUUGACACAGCAAAAUCUAUAAGGAAUGGAGAAAGCCGUUCCCACUGCUCUAUCAGAACAACAGAAAGAGCAUGAGAAUGAUGGAGAAAAAGCUGUGCUAAUGACCCUGGUGCCAAACAAAGAGGAUUUUGCUGGCCUUGAGUGCCCCCAAGGUGAAGAAAGAAUAGCUGCCUUUUUUAAAGAUGCAAAAACAUCUCUGGAGAGUGCAGCCGUGUUGGGGGCAUCAAAGGAAAAGGGGGCUGGUCUCAAAGAGGCUGCCCCUGGUUGUACAGAAAAAUUAGCAACGAUGAAUAGGGAGGGAAAACUGAGUGAUGAUAUCCGCAGCCGUAAAAAAGAUCCCAGCUUUUUGUCGUCAUUCUCUCAUCAAGAACCAGAUGAUGCUUUGGAAGUUUGUAAAGUGACAGAUGAACCCAACAAUCCUUCCUCUUGUAGUGUUGUCUCCAUUACAACUCACAGGAAGGAAGCAUGGCCCAAGAAAGAUGAUCGUUUAAAACUCAAGAAAGGGUGUUACAAAGCAGAUUCUAGGGGAUCAGCUGAUCAAAGAAACAUGACUGUCUUGUGGGAUUGCUCUGUUCGGGAGACAAUGGGUAGUAUCUCCAAAGAAGAAAGCACUUUAGAAAGACUCACUGGUCUGAAGGAUUCAACAAGCUUUAAGGAAGCAGCACGGAAAAACCCUUCCUAUUCAAAGGAACAAACUUCUGCAAUUGAAUCUAGUACUUUAAAAACCAUACAGACAAAAACUGAUGAGAAGGAAGGGGAGCUUGAGCACUUAGACCCUGGCAAAGCAGCAGUGGAAUCUUCUCCACCACUUGCUGGAGCACAGACUAUUGUUGGGGAAGAAAGCUACCAUAGCAAUGAACCAAAGCAGCUAGAAGCCUUCAGUAAAGAGCACUUAAACAAAAGGCAAGAGUUGGAAAAGAAGGGCUUUCAGAAGUUUGACUGGCUUUCUGAGCACAAUGAGGGGCUUAGAUCUCCCUACAGAAACAUAAAUAAGCCAGCAGAUGUAGCAACAAACCUGUCUGUUAGGGGACAGUCUGCACGAGAAGCUUCUUUGUUGGCUCUGCCAGUAUUUAGAAAAAUGCUAAAUCCUCACUUGAAUAAAACAAAAACUUGUGAGAAUGCACUCUCCCCCAGGAAGGGACAGGCAAUGGACUCUGAUUUAGGUGAAGUAAGUUCCAUUAACACCACUGAGUGGACAUUGCAGAAAUCAGAGCUUCAGACAACCAUGGACCUUGCUGUCCGCAAACAUGUUUGGACAACUAAUGCUGGAGAUGCUGUGGAAAGUGUUCCUCUGAGGUCUCUGGAAUCUCCUUCCUGCAGCACCUAUGAUGAGACGAGGCCCUAUAUGUGCAAUGUCUUGCUGGAGGAGCAGGGAAAAGAUGACCCAAGCCAGGAAGAGGACCCUACUGUGUACACAUGUAUUGAGUGCAGCAUCUAUUUUAAGAAGAAGGAACAUCUGAUGGAUCACAUGCUUCAGCAUAACAGGGGACUAGGGUUGGACCAAGACAGAGAGGGCAUUGGAGGUCAGUGUCAGUUCACCUGUAAUGAGUGUGGAUGGGCUUUUGGGGACACUGAUUCUCUAGAACAGCACAGGAGACUCCAUAAGGAGUCAAGGGAAAAAAUAAUUGAGGAAAUUCAGAAGCUUAAUGAAUUCCCAGAUGAAGGUCGUGAUGCCCGACUCCAGUGUCCGAAAUGUGUGUUUGGAACCAACUCAUCUAAAGUGUUUGUGCAGCAUGCGAAGAUGCAUGUCAAGGAGAGGAAAGAUCAAGGUUUGAAGAAUGUGAACUUGUUUGGCAGUUCUGGUGGUGGUGAACUACGAGACAGCUCAAUGCACAACAUAUACAGACACUUUAGGCCAAAUGAGCAUGCACCUCAAGUGGUACAUGCACACAGUAGCAACAAAGGUCUUAGCACUUGCAUGCUUUGCAGCUUUCCUGCCCCAAAUGAAAACAUUUUAAAAGAACACAUGAAAUAUGCUCAUUCUCGCUUCUCCUGGAACACAGAGACUUUUGAAACCAAUAUGAACCAGCCUGGAACUAGUAGGGAUGCUUAUAGUCCUGGCAGGUCAGGCCGGAUUUCAGAAACUGAUUAUUUGGGCAAAGCAGAUAAACUCUUUCCCCAAUCCUACUGUGAAACCAUGUCCCUCUAUGACUCUCAUCAUGGUUUUACAGUGGGCCACCAGAGACUUAAUAAAAGCAAUGGCACUAAUAAAAAAGACAUCCCAACGCCUGGGUUUCGGGCUAGAAAACGAGCUCCAUAUAGCUCUUCGCAUAAGAUCUUGGGAAUGUCCACUCUUACCUCUGCAAAAACAUAUUCUCCAUAUGCCCUGAAACAAGUGAGGAAGAAAAGCACAGCAUGGCCCCUUGAGACGGAAAGAGACAAUGCCAAAAGCCAUCCAGGUGGGCUGGAAGAUCUCCAGCACAAAUGGUUACCCUUAAACGAUACUGGGAGUAUGGAAGAAGAAUUCCCCUUAGUGACAGACAUAGAAUUAGCAGAGAAUAAAUACUUCAGGCCCUUUGCUAUCCCUCAGUCUGCCUUGGACCUCAAAAGGACUUUCAGGGGCACUUUGAAAGCAACAGAUUAUUCAAUAGCAUCAGCAGGGCAGCAGCAUCAGUUACGUCAUAUGGUUCCCAUUGUUCUUCUUGAGGAGAUGAAUCUUUAUCCCAGAAAGAUGAAGCUGCCCAAGAUGAAGAUUUUGAAGAAAAAGGGGUCACCUCUUUCCCGAGAGUUUGGAAUUGAUGAGUCCCUUCCUUUAGGUGUUUUUCUAUUAGAUUCCUCUUUAGAAGGAUCUCUAGAACUCGAUGAUCUUCUGGAUGCGGAUUCGUCAAUGCUGAAGAAUGAGGAGAGGAAAUGCCCAUACUGUCCCGAUAGGUUCCACAAUGGGAUUGGCCUAGCCAAUCACGUGCGGGGCCACCUGAACAGGGUGGGUGUGAGCUACAAUGUCCGUCACUUCAUCUCUGCAGAAGAAGUGAAAGCUAUUGAGCAAAAAUUUUCCUUCCAAAAGAAGAAGAAAAAAGGUAUUGCAAACUUUGAUCCAAGUACAUUCAGUUUAAUGAGAUGUGAAUUCUGUGGAGCUGGUUUUGACACACGUGCAGGACUGUCCAGCCAUGCCAGGGCCCACCUGAGGGAUUUUGGGAUCACCAACUGGGAGCUCACCAUCUCUCCAAUUAACAUCUUGAAGGAGCUACUAGCCAAUUCAUCAGAACACCCUAUGCUUCAGUCUGCACUAGGAGCAGAUCCUUCGUCCCCAAAUCAAGAGAGAGAGAUGCUUGGGUUUGGGCCCUGCAAGAGCACAACCCCCGUAUCUGACUGCAGCAUUUCACGGUCACCUUUUUCACCAUUCCCUCCUUCCUGGGGAGAUGAGCCCAUGCAGUCCUUCAGAGAUGUUGUGGCCUCUGAGGAGGAAGAGGAGAUGGCUACUGCAGAGAUGGGGUCACCACUUCUCCAGAAGAAGAAUUCUCUGACUGGGUCAUUAGACCAAAUUCCAAACAGGAUAGGAAGCUCACUGUCUCCUGAACCGUCCAGCAACAAGACAGACUCCCAAGAUUCCAAAACACCAAACCUCACGACGUGUGAGGUCUGUGGCGCCUGCUUCGAGACCCGCAAGGGCCUGUCCAGCCAUGCCCGUUCUCAUUUGCGUCAGCUUGGUGUGGCUGAGUCCGAGAGCAGUGGAGCCCCCAUCGACUUACUCUAUGAACUGAUGAAACAGAAGGGGAAAGUGGACAGCGGCCCCGUCUCUCCUGGUCUUAGCAAAAAAUCUGCUUCUCCCAAGGAAGGGACUGCAGGGUCCUCACGGCCAACACUGCUGCCUCUCAACAAAGCUACAGAAAGGCCACAAGAACCACCAGUAAACAAAGCAAUCAAAUCACCUCCAGGUUUCGCCCCCAAGAAUGUUGCCCAGCCAGGAUCUCCCAUACUCAAGAAAGUGGCACCUGCUCUGCCUGGUUCUCCUCUGCCAAAGAAUUCUGAGGAUAAAAGCCCCAAGCUACCACUGAGCCCCCUGCAGACUUCUCCUAAAGCACAGUGGCCACAACCGGAGGAAGAAGGCCCCUUAAAUCUAACUGUAGAUAGUGACUCGGGCAGAGAAAUUGACUGCCAGUUAUGUGGUGCCUGGUUUGAAACCAGAAAAGGGCUGUCAAGUCACGCUAGAGCCCACCUGAGACACCUGGGAGUGAGCGAUCCAGAUGCUAAAGGAUCUCCUAUUGAUGUUUUAAAUGAUCUCAUCAAAAAUGAAGACUUCAAAGGCCGUCUUUCCUCUCUCCUCCCUAGUGAGAGAGAAUCAUUAGGGGAAACUGGGAGCUCUGAUGGACCCAGCCCAAAGAGCACAGCUACAGCAACACCUGCCACAGGCAUGAAACAAGCACACUCACCAAGGCCUUUGGGCAAACAGCCAUCUGUACUCUCACCUCACUCCCCUCCACCAUCCAAGAAGCUGAAGCCACAUGGUCACAGGCUGUCAGCUGUGGCCAGUCUGCAAAGGAAACAGGGUCUUUCUUCCAACGCGUAUUGGGCAUCAGAUGCUGAGAUGGCUCCACUCAAUCUCUCCUCUGGAGCAGAACCUGUGCGGGACAUCAGGUGUGAAUUCUGUGGUGAAUAUUUUGAGAACCGGAAGGGGCUUUCCAGUCAUGCCAGAUCACAUCUGCGUCAGAUGGGGGUGACCGAAUGGUAUGUGAAUGGUUCCCCCAUAGACACACUCCGAGAAAUCCUGAAACGGCGAACUCAGCCUCGGACCAGUACCUCCAGCUCCCCAGCACAGGGCCAAAAAUCUAUUGCCCCAUCUGUUCUUGGAGGCUCUCUAGAGCCCCGCAGUCCAGGGGAGGGCCAGGUGCCUGCCAUCCCUAAGAAGGCACAGCAACCAGAUAACCCUAUGGGACACUCUGCUACCUCUUCGCCUCCCACAACUACUAGAAAAAUAUUCUCUGGGCUUCCCUCUCCCUCCUUACACAAAAAGCUGAAGCAAGACCAAUUGCGAAUGGAAAUCAAGCGGGAAAUGAUGUCUGGAGGACUGCAUAAUGAGUCGCAUCUGUCUGACAGAGCUUGGUCACCACGAGAAGACAUGUCCCCACUCAAUCUCUCUUCUCGUGCUGACCCUGUGCGGGAUAUUCGUUGUGAGUUUUGUGGUGAAUUUUUUGAAAACCGGAAGGGGCUCUCCAGCCAUGCGAGAUCUCACUUGCGCCAGAUGGGAGUAACUGAAUGGUCAGUCAAUGGCUCCCCCAUUGAUACACUCCGAGAAAUCAUUAAAAAAAAAAAUAAGCCAUGCUUGAUAAAGAAAGAGCCAAACACAAUGAGUAUUGAGCUUCCAAAGCCCGUGGGAGAGGAAGGAGCUGCUCCUAAAUCUCCUGGGAAAAUGCUGCAGCACAUGGCCAUGUCCCCACUGGGUGGGAGGACAGGGAAACCAAACCUCAGUCGGGAGGUCUCUCUAUCGCCCCUCAAGUCACAGGAAAGCUUCUUGGCACCUCUCUCAACUAAGCGUCCACUGUCAGAUGAACGGCUGAGUGGCCACAGUGAAGUGAAGCAGAAAACCUACAUCCAGACCGAAUUGCCAUUCAAAGCCAAGCAUGUGCAUGACAAGCCCACUCAUACAUCCAGCGAAGCCUGCUGUGAACUGUGUGGCCUCUACUUUGAGAACCGCAAGGCGCUGGCCAGCCAUGCUCGUGCUCACCUCAGACAAUUUGGAGUGACUGAGUGGUGUGUGAACGGCUCCCCAAUCGAGACUCUGAGUGAGUGGAUCAAGCAUCGUCCCCAGAAAGCCGGAGCCUAUCGCAGCUACAUCCAAGGUGGGCGGCCCUUCACCAAGAAGUUCCGCAACGCCUCUCAUAUGCGUGAUAAUGAUCCCUCUGGAAAGAGGGCUCCAUUGAGCCUGCAGGCAGGCAGCACUCCAGUGGUGAGCAGAAACCUAGGUGUUGAGAUGGUGCCCAAUGAGCCCAGCAAAGCUGUGGAUGGCGGCAGCGAACGACCAGCAGUCACCUCACCUCUAUCACUGGUGAAGAUGGAGGAGCAUCAGCAACAUAACAUCAACAAGUUUGAACGGAGGCAGGCCAAGCCCAUUGAGGCUCCUCCACCUCGAGAAGAGGAGACCAAUGACUUACAACAGAAAGCUGAAGAGGUCCGCCAACCAACCCCCAGAGUGAGACCAGUGCCCUCCUUGGUUCCUAGGCCACCACAGACUUCCUUGGUGAAGUUUGUGGGCAAUAUCUACACACUGAAGUGCAGGUUUUGUGAAGUGGAGUUCCAGGGUCCUCUCUCCAUCCAAGAGGAAUGGGUGCGGCACCUACAGCGCCACAUCUUGGAGACAAACUUCUCCAAGGCAGAUGCCUUGCGAAGUGGGACUGAUGUGCCUGUGGCACCACCUGUAGCUGAGGCCCAGUAGCAUAGCUCUUCGGAAGCACCAUCAUUCCAGGAUUUCUCCCUUACCUUUCCAGAUGAACGAGAUUAAUGGUUAACAAAUGGGAUGAAAACAGUAUUUGACCUUCUGGGCUCCACCGUUUCCCCAGAGAUUGGGUUUCUGUAGACCUACUUGGACUUGGGGGAGAGGGUCCCAGAGUUUGAGCACUAAAUAAACCUGGCUACCUUUAUUGAUGGCUGUGGUACUCCAGAAUGGAGUGAGUUUGUGUGCAUUCUGUCUGCACAGAUGCGAAGGCAUUGAACAAGGUAAAAUGGAAAUUUCCUAGACCUUCCAGUGAAUGCAAGUUUCUCCAAGGACAGCACUCCUUAUAGAGAGGAAGCAUACACUUGUUCUGUUGCAGUUCAGGCUAUGGGAGAUGUGAUGGUGAGAGUCGUUAAUUUGAGGUUCUAGUGAAAGUUGUGAACAUGAGGAUCUAUUUGAGGCCAAGCAUAAGCAGGUUGGGAGGGUGGAAACAGAGCUACUUUGCUUUGUGGGGAAAGCUGUUGAUUCUGUAUGUGGCCCUAGAAUUGAUGUAAGUUUGACUCCUUAGGUGACAAGUCUUUUGUUUCUGUAGAUGUUGGAUCCUGUUGUGCAUGUUCAUGUCCCCUGUGUGUAAUGGCGGUCUCAGUCCCACCUGCGUUAAAGAGGAAAUCAUUAAUUCCUUGAUCCAUUUAGGUUUUCCCUUUUCCUUACCUCCUGAUGUCACUUGGUCAUCCCUGUUCACUUCAUAUGGGACCGUGAGGGGUACCUAGCUCUGCCAUGUCAUGGCAAUUAAAUAUUGGCAGGGAGGUAUGAUUCUUUCCUGUCUUAGCCUUGGGCUGCAGAGUGGCUAAUGAUAUCCCAUAAAUAACCUUUGCCUGAAAUUGAGGAUGCUGUGUCCUCCUUUCCCAACUGUCCAAGAGAACCUGAAAGUCUUGGGGCAGUGUGGUCUUAUGGACUUCUUGGUAGAGGAGCUAUAUGCUGCUCCUCUUCUUUCUAACAGGCACUUGGUGCAGUUCCCAAACCAGCAACAGUAGGUUCUGCCGGAAUUUCUGCUUUCCUGUUCUUGCUCACUGUUGCUAUGUGCUCUCUUCAUAGAACCUCAACUUUUUAAACUCUAGUUUUGUGUAGAAAUAACAAGCAUUCAUUUUUAUUUGGAAUCCAGGCUGAGCAGAGCCUGGAGGGAAAUUACCUUUUAACUUUUUCAAUGGACAUAUUCUGGUUAUUACUGUACCUAGAAAUAUGUAUAUUAGAUUAAACUUCUGUUCUGGAAACAAAAUGGAAAA